AUGACUGAGAUUUCGGGCUCAAUUUGGAAUGCAAAUAACUGGCAUUGGGAAGAGAAGGAUUAUUCAAAGUGGGCUAAAGAAGAGAUUAACACAAUAAUGGAGUCUAUUAAAUACUCUUCAGAGUCAACAACUCCUAAAUUUGAACUAUCUUUCUCCAACUCAUCCAUUAAGGGUGAAGCAUCAAUCUCAGUAAGAAAGAAACAACCAAUUCUAGCCUAUGAGUUUUCAAUUUCAGGAACAUGGCUUGUGAAUGAAAUGGAAACUAAAGAAAAGAUUCUUCUAGGCCAAAUUACAAUUCCAGAGUUCUCUGUAGACAAUUAUGAGGAUUUUCCUGUUACUAUUACGUGUAAGGAAGUUUUAAAUAAGAACUAUAACUCAGAUCUCAUUCUUUCAGAGAUAAAAAAGAAAGUUGUUGUACAGCUCAGAAAAAAACUAAUGGAGUUUCACAAUAAACUAUUAAAUAGGGAGAAUGAUCAAAGAAAGAUUGAGAGUGAAAAAGCAAAAAGAGAGGAAGAAAUUAAAACUGCAGAAAUUGCUAGGAUUGAAAAGGAAGAGGAGAAACGAAAAAUUUAUGUUCAACAGAUUGAAAAAGAAGCUUUGAUUAAACAGAGAGAAUCUGAAGCAUCAACGAAAACUUCAACAGAUCCUCAAGCUCAAGGAAGUAUCUGGAAUACAAACAGUUGGCAUUGGGAAGAAAAACCAGAAACCAAUUGGGUUAUUGAUAAACUAACAAAGAUGAUCGAAGAACUCUCUCUAAAAAAAUUGGACUCAAGAAAUUCGAAUUUAAUUCCAAUUAGUUUUUCCGAAGUUAAAGUCACAGGAGAAGCAUCUUCAAGUGUAAGAAAAGGCAAGAAGAUUUGUGUCCUGGACUGUAAUGUAAACGGAAGAUUUAAUGCAACCAUUCAAGAGGGAACGUUUAGUUCAAACAAAGAAUUGAAUCUUAGUGGGUCCUUUUCACUUUCCGAAAUUAAUAUGAUGGACACACACGAUUACGGAAGGAAAAUUAACUUUGACUCAGCAGAAUUGGGAUUAAAAACCGCCAAUAUUUCUGAGUUUAUUGACCUUAAAGAAAAACUAGAAAAACAAAUUUUGGGAUAUUUGGAUAAUGUUAUACAAGAGUUUUGUUUAGAGUUUCUAAAUAAGUAG